AAGCAAUCAUUUCUCCUCCUCUCUGGCUGCAUUCUUGCAGCCAUUGAGAACUACUGUGUGAGCUGUGAUUGGUCACAGCUUGUCACAUGGUACAAGGCUGUUGUGAAUAGCCUUGUACCAUGUGAUCUCUGUGAUCAUUCACAGAUUUCACAAGUAGUAAACAAUGUUGUCAGAAGGAACAUCUUGUUUGCUACUAUUCAUGUGAUCACUGAUUGGCCAAUCAGUGAUCACAUGAUCGGGACCUCACACAGAGGUCCCGCACAGAGGUCCCGUGCAACG